AUGGGCAAGACAGUUCGUGUCGGCUGCGUGCAAGCGGAGCCAGCGUGGAAUGACCUGGAAGCAGGAGUAAACAAAGUGAUUACCAUCAUUGAGGAAGCAUCCAAGAACAAUACCCAAGUGCUUGGAUUUCCUGAGGUCUUCAUCCCAGGUUAUCCGUGGUGUAUGUUCCUCAACCCACCAGCGUCAAAUAGUGACUUCUUCGUCAAAUAUUUGCAGAACUCUAUGCCAGUGGACUCGCCACAGAUGCGAAGGAUCCGCGCCGCGGUGAAACAGGCCGGCAUGUUUGUAGUGCUUGGCUACAGUGAGAGGCACCAUGGCUCUAUGUAUAUAUCCCAGGCGUUUAUUGACCCAACGGGGGAGAUCGUCCUGAAUCGCCGCAAGAUCAAACCCACUCACAUUGAGCGUGCAUAUUGGGGAACCGGCCAGGGCGAGUCACUCCAGACCGUCGUCCCGACGGAGUUUGGCCGCAUAGGAGCCCUGAACUGCUGGGAGCACACGCAGCCGCUGCUACGCUACUACGAAUAUGAGCAGAAUGCGGAGAUCCAUGUCGCGAGCUGGCCUGCAAUGUGGGAUGCGAAAGACUCAACGGAUGAUAAACCAUUCUACCAGUGCAGUGCAACGAUGAACCAGCGACUUUCACAGGUUGUGGCCUUUGAAGGAGCCUGUGUGGUACUGGUCUGCACGCAAGUGAUGUCGGAGACAAAUGCAGAGAGAAACGGUAUUACUGGGUGGAGUCAUCCCCAAUUACCCGGCGGAGGCUUCAGCAUGAUCUAUGGGGCCGAUGGGGCCCCCUUGUGCAACCCUUUACCCCCAGGAGAAGAAGGGAUCCUCUAUGCAAAUGUGGACCUUGACGAACACCUUAAGGCGAAGCAAUGGAUCGACGUGGUUGGCCACUAUUCUCGCCCUGAGCUGCUGAGCCUGCGUGUAAAUACUCAUGGUGCACGCCCUGUACACCAUGCCUAG